AUGGCGGAUACCGCACCCACGAUUCCCUCCCUCAAAAUAUCCUUCAUCACCGCCCAAAACAAACACCCUCUGCCAACCCCUCGCACCAUCACGGAUCUGGCGCCGCAACAACGCGUCGAGCAACCCCAUUCCGGCGCGUAUUCUCGACGACGUCCUCUUCAACCUCAACCAAACGAUGCAACUACAUUACCGACGUGUACACCCUCCACAAGCGAUCUAUAA